CAAAACUAGGGUUUACCUCCCUUAUAAGAUAUCUGCCUUCCAACCUCGCGCCUCUACCCCCACCACCUCCUCCGGCGGCGGCCAGCUCGACGACCAACCGCGCCACCCUGCCGCUGCAGCUAUGGUGCACGUCAACUUCUAUCGCAACUAUGGGAAGACUUUCAAGAAGCCAAGGCGCCCAUAUGAGAAGGAGCGCCUUGACGCUGAGCUGAAGCUGGUGGGUGAGUACGGCCUGCGGUGCAAGCGUGAGCUGUGGCGUGUGCAGUAUGCCCUGAGCCGUAUCAGAAAUGCAGCGAGGGAGUUGCUCACCCUGGACGAGAAGAACCCCCGCCGUAUCUUUGAGGGUGAGGCGCUCCUACGCCGCAUGAACCGCUAUGGUCUCCUUGGUGAGGGUCAGAACAAGCUUGAUUACGUGCUCGCGCUCACUGUUGAGAACUUCCUCCAGCGCCGCCUCCAGACCAUCGCCUUCAAGAAUGGCAUGGCCAAGUCCAUCCACCAUGCUCGUGUCCUGAUCAGGCAGCGUCACAUCAGGGUGGGAAGGCAGCUUGUCAACAUCCCCUCAUUCAUGGUCAGGGUUGAAUCCGAGAAGCACAUAGACUUCUCCCUCACUAGCCCGCUUGGUGGUGGCCUCCCUGGAAGAGUGAAGAGAAAGAACCAGAAGAAGGCCUCCGGUGGCGGUGAUGACUGCGAGGAGGAGGAAGAGUAAGAGAGCCCAGCCAUGUCUCGCAGGACUUUGCAACAUGGGUUGGUUUUGAAACGAAUUGUUAAAACUUGAAAUGAACUUAGUAUUUAGCGGCGCAGUUGGUUGUCCCUGAGAGUUGUCGUCUUAAAUUCAGAAUCCAGCAGUUUUGCUCUGUUGCUUGUCACCUCUUAAUUUAAGACUUGCGGCAUCCCUUGAAUCUGAGGAAAUGUAUGUUCUGCCCGAUUUGUCCAACCAAUGGGUUAGUCCUUUUGAUGUCA